UGUAGGAUGAGGCACAUUAAAUGUGUGCUGUCUUGCGUUACUUUUCCUUAAAUACACAGGGAGUAUUUAAAACUAGUAUGUGUGUGUGUAUAUAUAUGGUACAGUUUGGUGUAGUAAGUCUUCCGGGUGCAUUUAAACAGUAAAUCUUCGCUGACAAUCGCCUGUUUCUGUGUUCUACAAGGUAUUUACUACAUGUACAGUUACAACCAGCAUAAUGGAGACUAUGAUGGUGUUUUUUAUCAUUCUUCUUCUAAACAUUCAAGGCACUACUGAGAGCGAGUGUUCAGAUGCUGCUGAAUCAGAAAACAUACCAUACAUUCGAAUGUGUGAGGAUGGCAACGUGACGUCAGACAAAGUGAUACUGGACACACACAGCGCCGGAGCAACAGGGGAGACAACUUGUUCGUGUACUGUUAACGCUACAAUUAUUUUUAUCGUAUACGUACAAUAUUACGGUAUUGGGCUGAAUCCAAGUACACCCGGAUGUGGCAGUGAAAUAGUGGUCAACGAUACAAUAAAAACUGGAGAGAGAAUUCAAAGCUUAACAUGUAACACAUUUCCGGAAGCACUAGUUUAUAACCCACCAAUGACUAUAACAUGGAGUGGUGGGCCUGGUGGAGAUUCUAAGUACUGUCUCAAUAUUACAGGUUUUACUACGACCACGUGGACUCUUGUUUUCGCUCACACAGGACAGGUGUUUCCACAUAUGUCCCGGUAACAGGAUAUAUUAGUCUCACCGUAAGAUGGCGACAAAGGUAUAUUACUAUCUAAAACAAGUAUAUGACGUCACGUUAACAAUGCAUUGAUAUAAAGUCAAAAUUCAGAAAAAAGAUUAUUUCCCUGCUUGGGGGUAAGAUGAGGGAUCUCAACCGCCGGGGGAAGAUGCUUAAGUUGACAAAUACGCGGAAAUGUGUUAAAGUAUUCCAGGCAAACGUGUACAAUGUCCAACACUCAUUAAGGAAAUGUUUAAUUUACAAUGUUGUUCAUCUUCGCAAUCCCAUGUGACACGAUCACCUGCGUUCUCUGCAUCCCUGGAUUAUGUCAUGACGAUAUCAAAGGCACAAAGUUAGCUAUAAGAUUAGUUUCAUGUAUAGAGAACAGACCAAUUACUGGGCUGAUACUUGUCCUAUUAAGACUACAGAGGUGCGACACCCGCAAAGUUGUGUUGUUUUACCGUUAUGCUGCCGCGAGAUUCUUAUGGUAUGUACCAACGGAUUGGACUUGCCUUGUUGUAUCAUCAGCAAUGCGGCGCAUAGAAAGCCUUCAACUUUGUCAUGACAUAUUCCGGGAUGCAGAUAACGUAAAUGUCGGGGAUGACUGUCGUUAUUACGUCCUACCAGUUCUUCUCUGCUUUUUAGGAAAAUUAUUCCAUGUUGAUUGCAAAAUGGUUGGAAUCACGGUUGUUUUUCUUUUGUCUGUGUCAAACAAAUUGACCAUAUAUAUAGGCUUCGGGGACUGCAAUUCUGUGCUAUAUGCUAUUUCAUGCACCAAUGCAAGGGUAACCUGAUUCCAUAUAUAUCUAUCAUUCUUCAUUUCCGUCUAUCAUUGUAGGAUAUCUGAUAUUACCAAACACCACCUUUACAAUUACGUGUUCUAAGCCAGAGACGACCACCACACCACCGUCAACUCGUACAAGUACUA